AUGGCACCCUCUACAAGGAACAAUGAAGGCACUGCUACCACAUAUUCAUUGUUCCCACUUGUCUGGGCAUCUCAGUCCCCGAAAGCCAAUCGCGCAUGUCGAGAGUGCAACCGGAAAAAGACCAAGUGCGAUAUGCAGCGCCCGACUUGCGGCUUGUGUCAGCGCGUUGGUAGUAUAUGCACAUUUCCGCUUCAACAAAGCUCUCUUCGACCGCAUAAAAUUUCCAAAGCUUUGGCAAGAUCAAAUUUGAGUCGCAAUGCUCGUUGCGAGUGCCGUAGUGAGCCUUCCGCUCUCCAUAUUCACUAUGCUAACACCGAAGAAGCACCUUUCGCCGACAUCCCGCAGUCCGAAGUGACGGGGAACAGAAAAGAAACCGAUUGUGUUCUUGUGCAGGAUAGCGCUCUCGAACAGGUGUCUUCACACUCGGGGGCGACGGCCAACUUCAAAAACGCCACAUUUAUCAGCGACACCUCCACCCGCAAUGUGCAGAGCUCAGAUGACAGACAUGUUGCUUCCAAUACCUCAAGGAGUCCUACAGUUGACCCGCUUGAACAGCAAACCAUCGCAUAUGAGAGCCCCUCACAUCAAGACCUAUCAACAGUCUUCUUUCCCUUGUCCCCGAUUUCCGAUAAUCCUCGUGUCCCAUCCAUGGUCUUGGAGGGUCCAUCAAAUAUGGCAACAUAUUCCCAUUCAAAUGACUGGCACCUUCCCCCGGGUGUGGCCGAACACCUGAUUGAUCUUUUCUUCGAGAGAAUCCAUCAGUGGAUCCCUAUUUUCCAUCGUCCGCGUUUUUAUCAAAAGUACUUGAUAAAAUUGGGUUCCACAACAUCGCUUGUGCCUCGACACAGUUUAAGCUCCGAAGAGGUGCUCAUUUUCAACUGUAUAUUCGCAUUUGCUGCUAGAUUCUCUGCAUCGGCCCACUUCCAAGGGAAGCCACCACUGGAGAGAGGCGCCGUUUUUGCUGAUCACGCGACUGCAAUAUACAACGACCUCGUUCGAGCCGUCGAGGAACCAACGCUUGAAUAUAUCAAAGGAUGUGUGCUUCUUACUUGCUACCAUUUCUGCGAAGGGUCAUGCCAUCGCGGCUCACUUAUGACGGGUAUCAUAAUCCGUCUUGCUUAUGAUAUCGGGCUUAACCGUGUUGACGAAGACGGAGAUCAAGAGCUAGGAAGACCCCCAGAUGAUUCAGGCUCCGCCGUGGAGGAAUGGAUUCGCAAGGAGGAGCUUCGCCGGUUGUGGUGGGUAAUAUGGGAGAUGGACACCUUUGGGGCUACCAUUUCAUGCCAACCAUAUAGCCUCGACAGACGUCGGGUGCAGGUCCAGCUUCCAGUCUCCACCAAAUAUUGGUUUUCUGGAACUCCUGUUCAGUCCGCUGCUCUUGGAAGCCGGCUAGGAUCGGUUUGGAAAGCUCUGAAGAGUUCACCAAAUCAAGAUGAACGAGCAUGGUUUUUGAUUAGCAACUACCUGAUGGCAUGCGCGCACGACGCCGAACGUCGACCAACAAUCAUCUCACCCGAGGAAAUGGCGGAAUUGGAGUACGCCUUGGGCUGUUUCAACUUGGCGUUGCCGACUCACUUCCACCUUUGCACAUUCUCCUUCGACGACGAGGACUUUGCGAAGAGCAACUAUAUCCUUUCGACACAACUCAUGAUCCAAACCGCCCGGGUCUGUUUGGAAAAGGCAAAGGAAGCAAAAGCCCAGCAGUGCAGAUCGUUAUCAACCGAGUAUCGCAACGAUGAGUUCACAAAGAAAAUGACAUCAGAAUUGGUCCGUAUUGUCCACGCAUGGUCGCCUGGACGUAUCCCUUUGAAUCACCCUAUUAUGUGUUGUACCUUGCUAGGCCCAGGAGCCUUAUUUGUUCAGAAUGAUGGGUUCACACAGCAGAGCCAGGAGGUUUCAGAAUUGUUCCUGUUGCACUGCUCUAAAUAUUGGAAUCUAGGGAAAGUGAUGCUUCGGUUGCUUGAAAUUAUCAAAUUUUACACUGAAUCGAGUCAAGACGUGGCUGAAUCCAAAGAGAAAGAACUGGUGAGGCGAUUUUCGAUGUUAAUACCGCCUUACCGGAAGAGAAGGUGUUCUGUGGCGUCCGGAAAUGAUCCAGAUCCUCGCCUGCCAGACUUGACCAUUCCGAACGCCUCGCUUGAUUUCAACCAGAGCAAUUCAUCUGCGACCGAACAUCUGUCUGUUGAUGUCGGGAAGCGUAUUGGCCGAGUGAAAGACGGAAAUUUUGAAGUCCGAGCGAGGCCUCAAAAUGGGGAUCAUGCCGUAUCCUCAAACACCUUGGCCCACUCCGAUGAUGACAAAGGACAACACAAUUUAUUUGACAACAUUUUCGACGACAUUGGGCAAUAUGUCUCUGGGGAUAGUCCUGAAUUCAACAACUCAUUUCUACAUGUGGUCAGUGCGCCAGGGCAUGUGGAAGAUGGCUGGAUGUUAUAA